CGGAACCCGCGGCGGUGUUGAGUUGAGUUGCCCCAGUAACACACGCUUCCCUUGCCCGCCAUUAACUGCUCUUCUCCUCUCGCUCCCUGCCCCUCUCGAGAGCCUCCCUCACGCACUCCACCACGCCACCUCCCUCCUCCCAACCCCUCCCCCCUCUACAAACUCGUGUCUGAUAGACCCAUCCGCCCUCCGAUUCGCAGCUCGCGCUUCCUUCCAUCCCCAAAACCCUAGCUCCGCCUCGACCCCCCAGCAUGGCGCCGCGGAUCGCCUCCGGUGACGGCUAGGCGGCCUCCCGCGGGCUGGUUUGAUCCGAUAGGUGGAUUUGGCCCUUGUUGUUACUUCGUUUCGGUGGCGCGGCGCGCGGAUGGGGAACUGCUGGGGCGCGCGGAUCAAGGAUGGGAGUUCUCACCCUGGCGCUUCUUCAGGAAUGUUCUCAAAGAGUGGUGGUAAAGAUGGGAGUAGGCUUAGUGGAUGUAGUAGUCGAGCCUCUUCGGCUUCCAUGCCUCCAAGUGCGAAGACUGAAUGCGAGAUCCUGCAAUCCGCCAAUGUUAAGAUCUUCAGCUUUAACAAUCUCAAGGCAGCCACAAGGAACUUCCGUCCUGAUAGUGUGCUAGGUGAAGGAGGGUUUGGAUCUGUCUAUAAAGGAUGGGUUGAUGAGAAUACAUUAUCAGCUUGCAGGCCUGGCACUGGAAUUGCUGUUGCUGUGAAAAGACUCAAUCAGGAGGGUUUGCAAGGGCACCGAGAGUGGUUGGCGGAAGUUAAUUACCUAGGUCAGUUCUGCCAUCCCAACCUUGUCAAGCUAAUUGGGUACUGCUUAGAGGAUGAGCACCGACUGCUAGUGUACGAAUUCAUGCCCCGUGGGAGCUUGGAAAAUCAUCUGUUUAGGAGAGGCUCAUACUUUCAACCUCUUUCAUGGAACCUUAGAAUGAAGGUAGCACUUGGAGCUGCAAAAGGACUAGCUUACCUUCACAGUGCAGAGGCAAAAGUCAUUUACCGAGAUUUUAAGACUUCCAACAUUCUUCUUGACACAGACUAUUCUGCGAAACUUUCUGAUUUUGGACUGGCAAAGGAUGGUCCUGUUGGUGAGAAGAGCCAUGUGUCCACAAGGGUAAUGGGAACAUAUGGUUAUGCAGCUCCUGAAUAUCUUUCAACAGGUCACCUAACUGCAAAGAGCGACAUCUAUAGCUUCGGGGUAGUGCUUCUGGAGAUAUUGUCAGGUCGCCGUGCCAUUGACAAAAACCGGCCCUCGGGGGAGCACAAUCUCGUGGAAUGGGCUCGACCUUAUCUCACACAUAAGCGCAAGAUAUUCCGUGUCCUGGAUACCAGGCUAGAAGGUCAAUACUCUCUCAGCGGGGCGCAAACCAUUGCUGCCCUUUCUCUUGAGUGCCUGUCCUACGAUGCUAAGAUGAGGCCUUCUAUGGAUUCUGUGGUCACUAUCCUAGAAGAGCUUCAAGACUCCACUGAAGCAGAGAAGCACCAAGAACCCAAGGGUACAACCAAACAGGCACCUGCUGUAAGUGCUAGCAGGAGCAGCCGCAAGCCUCGCCGAAAAAGCUUGGGAGCGACGAAGGAGACUGUUCCAAAUCCAAGACCAUUGCUUCAUUCUCGUUAGCAAAUCAUAACUUGAUGAAGUUGGUAGCUAGCUUUUAGCUUGUGAAUAUGUUGUGUAUAUUGAGGGUAAUCAGGCUUUUGGCAACAAGUCUUUUCUUCUUUACCAUGAGCUGUUCGGUUUCAGCUGACUAUGGAUGGAUUUGUAUGUCUAAACUCAUGGCAUCAAGGGAGAGCUCAGCUCAUGUUCCAAAUCCUGAAAUCUUCACCUUUGUUGGUUUGCAGGCUGCCUUUGUUCCA